GGUUCAAGGUUCAGAUGAAUCAGGUGAGCACUUUGAUCAAAUUUGCAAGUUUGAGUGGAAAAUCAUUUGUGGAGCAAAGGGCCAACAGGCCAAAUUUCCCACUCGUUUGUCAGCCGGGAGAUGUAAAUUUGGAAGAAAUGACAGCUAGUUAUCAAAUUUAGCUAUUAAAAAAAUCUGAAAGAUCCGAUUACUGUUCGUAGAGUAAUUAAUAAGAUGAAUGUUUGCUUGCCCUGUCUUGGCCUGGGCAGCAGAGAAUGGCGAGGUGGUGCACAACACCAAGGGGUACUACUCCGAAACCUGUGAAGUCAACGGCGACGUCCGCGUCAACGGCACAGCCCUGUCGGUGGCCCUCGUCCCGAGCAGCUGGUCGGAGCGCCGGGAGUGGAGGAUCCAGCCGUACUCUCGCAAAACCUUGCCGGGCAUCAGGGCGGUCACCGUGACGCAGCUGCCGGGCAAGGCCGCCGCCCCGGCGUGCACGGUGCGCUACGGCGUGCCGGCCGUCCUGUUCGCGGUCGGCGGGCUCACGGGCAACUUCUGGCACGACUUCACCGACGUGCUGGUUCCGCUGUUCAUCGCGUCGCGGCGGUACGACGGCGAGGUCCAGCUCCUCGUCACCAACGCGCAGACGUGGUGGCCGGCGGCGUACAGGCCCAUCCUGCGGCGGCUGUCCAGGUACGACGUCGUGGACCUCGACGGCGACGAGCACGUGCGGUGCUUCCCGCGCGUCACCGUGGGGGUCCACAUGCACAAGGACCUGAGCAUCAUCCCCGAAUGGGUGCCGGGGCGGCGCCGCCUCUCCAUGCCGGACUUCACCCGGUUCCUGCGCGAGAUCUACGCGCUCCCGCGCGGCGCGCCGGUGAGCCUGCUCCGGGAGCCGGGCAAGAGGCCGCGGCUGCUGCUCAUCCGCCGCACGCACAGCCGCCGGUUCAUGAACGAGCAGGAGAUACUGCGGGCGGCGGAGGCGGCGGGGUUCGAGGCGGCGGUGAUCGACCUGCGGCGCGACGUGGGCGUGGAGGAGCAGGCGCGGGAGGUGAACUCCCACGACGUGCUGCUGGGCGUGCACGGCGCAGGGCUGACGAACAUGCUGUUCCUGCCGCCGGGCGGGGUGCUGAUCCAGGUGGUGCCGUACGGCAAGCUGGACCACAUCGCGAGGAUGGAGUACGGCGAGCCGGCCAAGGACAUGGGCCUCCGGUACCUGGAGUACAGCGUGGCGGCGGAGGAGAGCACGCUCAUGGAGACGCUGGGGCCGGAGCACCCGGCGAUCAAGGACCCGGACGCCGUCCACCGCAGCGGAUGGAACAACAUGACCGAGUUCUACCUCAACAAGCAGAGCGUGCGCGUCGACGUGGGCCGCUUCGCGCCCACUCUCGCGCAGGCGUUCGACCACCUACGCCAGCAGUAAGAGGCAGCGGUGCUCGAACCGGUUUGGGAUGAUCAAGACCGCAGUAGUUCUCUUCUAGCCGGUCUGAUUUUUUUUUUUUGUUUCCAAAUAGCAAA